AUGCCCCCAAAGGCCAACCCUACAAAGACAGAAAGGUCUGUGCGCCUCGUCUUCAGUAAGACGACCAGGAAGCACAUUCCCCAGUUCUUGAGAACCAACACGCGUGCGAUCACGCGAGAGCUUGUGAUCCUCAGCUUGGAGUCGCUGAAGGAGUCUAGCGCCGUCUUCCCACCCUUGGAGAGUACGUUGGGCGGUGUGCUCAAGCUUAUGUACACCUUCGAGACCAUGUUACAGAACAAGAGCGACAGGCAGACCCUCUACCACCGCAUCGAUGUGAUACAGGAUAGUCUUGUCGAUGCUUGGGAAUCUAGAGACGCUCACAGCCAUGGCCAUUCCGAGGUGUUUCUGAAAGCGCUAGCGCGCUUGAAUAGGGCCGUGCAGUGCAUUCUUCAAGAUCUAGAAACCCUCGCCAUGGAAGGCGACAGCCGUUGGCGGCGCUUCAUCCUAGCGCGCAAACAGAAGUCCCAGAUCGCGGAGCUUCUGAUGAGACUGUCCGAUGCGGACAAUAAUUUCCGCAGGUCUCUCGAACUCGACACCCACCGCGCUGUCAGUAUCAUCCGGGCGUCAAAUGCCGCACACCACGUUGUCGUCGAAGAGAGUCUCCACGACCUCAAGAAGGUUGUUGCCCGUCUCGAGUCCGGUCCCACCAGCGCCGUGGUCGCCAAGAACGACAGUAUCAUUCUCUUCCUCAUCUUCGGUUUAUUUGCGGUGGCCCGCUCGUGA